AACUGUUUGACUCUUUGUUUCUACAGCAAGUGCUCCGAAGCCCUGUCUCUAAAAACUGCAUUGGAUGGCUUAAUCUGUCACUCAACUAUCCAAGGUGGGGGUGGUGGUGUGUUCCUAUGGGAAAACAUAUUCUGAGAUUCGCCAGCCAACUCCUUCACCGCACUUCGUUUGACUUGGCUUGCGUGAAACUCCCUGAUCGGUUGUUGGGACUCAUGUUGGAGAGUCGAUUUAAGAGUGCUGGGAAACCUUUGCACGCUUUGCCAUUUUUUCUCUCAACUUUUGCGGACUCAGAAAAAUGCUUAGACCAUUGACAUUGCUACUACGAGCUACCGAGAAGCAGUCUUCCAAAGAGUUUUUUUCCGCCCAGGAGCGUGCGGCUGAGACCUCUUUCGAGUCUGAUUGUGAGCUGCCAACUGUGACCAUUACAACAGCCGGGGAUGUUCAGACCAGGGCAAUUUGUAUAGAGCAGAUUUUUUUCAAGCUGUUUUGUCUAUUUCAUCUGAUUGGAAAAACUCUUCGGAUUCCAAGUGAAAUUUACCCUACUGAGAAUCCUAGACCCAGAAGAGGGUGUAGGAUUUCCUGAAAAAAGAGGGCACAGGUAGGGUCAAAAUGCCAAAAGUUAUUUGAAGAUGCAAAAGGGGGAAACUGGAGAUGGAAAUACUCAGGAACAAAAGGAGUUUUUUUGGGAAAGUGGAAUAGAAGCGACUACACCUAAUUUCAAUGUAACCCAAUGCUUUCAGUCUCUAAAAGAUCUUACAGGUGAAUAAGGUGAUGUCCAUCCUGUUCUGUGUGAUGUUUCUUCCUUAUCUUUGUGGCAUCCACGCUACCACCAUGGAUAAAAGGAAUUUGCCAGAAAGUUCAGUCAAUUCCCUAUUUAUUAAGCUCAUGCAAGCAGACCUUCUCAAAAACAAACUUCCCAAGCAAGUGGUCAACACCAAGGAAGUAAAGCAGCAAAGUACGAUACCGAAAGCGGAAAUACUUGACUUGGACAUGGUUGAUAAUGGGAAAUCUGACUUCCAACCGGUCAUCUCAAUAGAAGCGGAGCUGUUUAAGCAGCAAAAACAAAAACGCUAUAACUCACCGCGCGUGCUCUUGAGUGAUAGUCUUCCCUUGGAACCACCACCUUUGUAUCUUAUGGAUGACUUUAUUGGACACUCUUCAUCCUCCAACAGAACCUCAAGGAGGAAACGAUUUGCCGACCACAAAAGUCACCGAGGGGAAUAUUCUGUGUGUGAUAGUGAAAGUUUAUGGGUCACAGAUAAGUCAAAUGCAAUUGACAUUCGGGGACAUCAAGUAACUGUGUUGGGUGAAAUUAAGACUGGGAAUUCACCCGUCAAGCAAUAUUUUUAUGAAACCAGAUGUAAAGACGCCAGACCAGUCAAAAAUGGCUGCCGAGGUAUUGAUGACAAACACUGGAAUUCUCAAUGUAAAACCUCCCAAACUUAUGUCCGAGCAUUGACUUCAGAAAACAAUAAACUGGUGGGCUGGCGAUGGAUAAGAAUAGACACGUCUUGCGUGUGCGCGUUAUCGAGGAAAAUAGGAAGAACAUAGCUUCGACUUUUCAUUAUAUAAAUUAUUACUUUAAAUUAUAUAAUAUGCAUGUAGCAUAUAAAUGUCUAUAUUGUUUAUAUAUUAUAAGAUGUUCUUAUUUAUUAAAUUUCAGCAAACGUAUAUAAGCUUUAUCUCCUCUCCAGAUGGAUCUCAGAAGAAGUCUGUGCCUUCUUUCGGGGGCAUUGUAGAAAAAAAAAAAAUUCCCAAAAAGUAUACAUCUAAUUCUACUGCGAGCAGUAUAUAAGUAAUAUGACCCAGAUCUAUAUGUCAGUAUUCCUCCUACAGUAUUUUCAUGCCACCGACUUUUUCUUAGUAGACUUUUUUUUUUAAAUCCGACUAUAUCAGAGAUGUAUAAAUUGUAUGAACAUUAUAUUCAAUUGCAAUAUAUUUUACCUCAAUUAAAAGAAGAAAAAAAAUAAUAUUUAAAUUUUUUUUACUUGUUCCAUUUCAAUCAAAAUGUUGAAAUAAGAUCCUGGUGAUGUUAUAUGUGACUUUAGUUUGUUGCUUUUUGUAUAUAUAAGAUAUGUUUUUAU